AUGAUCAAGCACAAGUUCACAGACAUCAAAACAAAGUACACAGCUGCAGAUAUUGUUAGGGACUUGAAACAUGAUCAUGAAGUGCAAGUCAAAUACAGCAAAGCUUGGAGGUCUAGAGAAAAAGCUAUUGAAAAAGUGAGAGGUAAAGCAGCUGAAUCUUAUGCAGAAUUGCCUAGUUAUUUUUAUAUGUUGCAUCACACAAAUAUAGGAUCAUAUAUUGAACUAAAAGCAGAUGAAGAUGGCAAGUUUUUAUAUGCUUUUGUAGCAUUGAAUGCUUCAAUUAAAGGCUGGAACUAUUGCGUACCUGUUGUAAUAGUUGAUGGGACUUUUUUUAAAUCAGCAUAUGGAGGGACAUUACUGGUUGCAGCCACUCAAGAUGCAGAAGGUAGAAUCUUCCCCCUAGCAUUUUGUGAAGUUGAUUCAGAGAAUGAUGAUUCUUGGGAGUGGUUUUUUGAGAAUUUCAAAAAAGCUUAUGGUGUAAGAGAAUGCAUGAGCAUUGUAUCUGAUCGACAUGAAAGCAUCAUAAAAGCAACCAACACAGUGUACCCAGAAGUACCACAUGGGGCUUGCACCUUCCAUCUGCUAAAAAACAUGAAAAGCAAGUUCAAGAAGAACUCAAAAAAGUUCAAGGAUACAUUUUUCGCAGCUGCAAAUGCAUACACUGUCAAAAAGUUUGAGUACCACAUGAGAGAACUUGAUAUGAUUGACAACAGGCUACAACCUUACCUACAAAAUAUUGGCUACAACAGAUGGGCAAGAGUUCACUCACCACACAAUAGAUACUCAAAUAUGACAUCGAACAUUGCAGAAUCCUUGAAUUCUGCAAUCGUAGCAGUAAGAGAGCUACCAAUUUGUACAAUGCUAGAGUGUUUACGAGGUUUGGUUCAACAAUGGAGUUGGACUAACAGGAAGAUAACAAAUGCAACCUCCACCAAGUUGACUAAGAAGCAUGAAGGGAUCUUGAAUGACAACUACAUCUACUCAUUGAAGUUGACGAUGGAUCACCUUCCUUGUGCCUAUGCAAUUGCUAUUCUUAAAGAAAUGAAUCAAGACCCAUAUCAAUACUGUUCUCCAUAUUAUAGCAAGGAAGCCAUGGUUGCAACCUAUCAAGAAAUUGUAUACCCAAUUGGCAAUGAAGACACUUGGGAAAUACCUGAACAUAUCAAAGCUGUGAAAGUACACCCUCCAGAAGGAAGAAUAAGGGUUGCAUUUUGUUAUAUUGGGUAUGUGUUUGAUGUUGAAGGGAGUUACAAUGACUUUAUAAUUGAGGUUGCAAUAGGUUGUAGUGGGUUGCAUUGGGGUUGCAUUAAGAAUUGCAUUUAG